GUGCUUACGCGCCGAAGUCUCAGCCCGAGAGCUCGGUGUCUCUUGGCAACAGGUAACGUCGACCUCGACCUCGACCUUGAUUUCCGAGGUAUACAGUACAGACAGGAAGGCGGAUCUGCACCGCUUCGUAAGCUACUAGGAAGCCCUUGAUAGAAACCAUGGAAACUCCAACAUGCCCCUCUUGUCCUGCCGGGACCCGCCUCGUACCCGGCGACAACACCCUCUUUGUCUGCCAGAAAUGCGGUUACGAAUCCCACCUCGCCGCCUCAUUCUUUGACGAGAGGGACGAGAUGUUGGGUGGGAUGGACGCCCGGGAGAAGUAUUCUGGCAUGAUGAAGGACAAUACUAUCGGCGGGGCGAGGAUCGUCAGGACUUCGAGAGGGCAGGCCGUACCAGGUCAAGAAGAGUUACGGGCACAGCUCUAUACUAUGGAACAGAAUCAAGCCAUGAAGGAUUGGGUCGUGCACCUGGCGAUGGUCAAGCUCGGCCUGACCCAGAACACCGCCGACAGAGCAGACUUUUCGGGGAAAGAGAUUAUAAAGAGCCUGGCAAAGAGAAAUCGAACGGUGAAGGAUUACUAUAUCCUUGCGGCUUGCGUGGCGGUCCACGCUGCGGACCAAAAGAGGGUCGUCAAUCAUCUCGAACUUGCUGAAGUCACAGGAAUGAAUCCCGAUAGAUUACAACAUCACAUGAUGUUCUGUAGGAAGCAGCUCAAGCUCGAUUACGAUGCCGGCAAUCAGCCGACGAGUUACAUCGAGAUGGUCUUGCGUCACAUCAAAGCGAUCAUCGAGCAGCCCGAAGAGUCCAGGGUCCACAACAAAGAACAACCUUAUCCCGACGAGACGCUACACUUUUUACACUUGGCGCAUCCGGUCUUGUUGGGCAUCAGGAGGAUGUCGACCGAUAUCGCCGAGAUGCUCGCUACCCUCUCGGUCAACUAUGCUCGAAAUCCGGGAAUGUCGGCAUGUGCCAUCGUCCUCGCAGCGAUGGAAGGGGUCACCGGGGUCUACACUCACCAAAACGGGUGUCUGUUCGAUGAACUGGCGGCCUUUUUACCCAAGGCAUCGGCGUAUACCGUACGAGAGCGAUACCUCGAGAUCCUCAGUGUCGUCUUUGAUCUCGGACAGUACCUUGGAGACAUCGGACAUCCGGUGGAAAAGAUCCCCGUCUGGAGGCACAUGGUCAGAAGAGCUCCGCCAAGGCGACACAUGUUCGCGGCCUUCCUUCCAUCGGUCGUCCGACAUUGGAGGGAUCUCUUGGCUUGGCAAAAGAUCCAAGGGAAAGCUCAUCUGCAGACAGCGGUCGGUGAAGGGAGGUUGGACGGGGAAGAGCUUUGGAAGGUGUUGCUUCCCGGUAGAGAGUUGCCGAAGCCAUCGGUUCGUGGAAAGAAGAAGAAUGGGGCAGCCGAGGAAGAAGCGGUUGGAGAAGAUCCAAAGGGCACGUCGGCUGCUGGUAGCAGUGCGGGCGACACGGAUGUAGACAGAUUACAGAGUCCCGCAAGCCCUUCCGCUGUCAACAACGAUGUUGGAACUUCGGUUCCCGGGUCUUCGAACACGGCCGGCAAACGGCCGGCAUCGGAUUCGAGCGUCCUUGAUGGUGAACGACCUGUGGCCAAGCGGUCUCGUCUGUCGCAUCGCACGGAGGAGCAAAAGGCUGCGAGUCUCGCCCGAUCGAAAGAGUUGCGCAGGGAACGGGACAAGAAACGGCGUGAUCGUCUUAGGGUCGAGGCGUACGGUCGGCGCAAGACGGUCGUUCUGUCAGGCGAUGCGCAAGCAUGUAUGCCCUCGAACAAGGCGGAAGAGAAUCGAACCGCGACGCCGUGCUCACCCAUUGCGGCUCUCGGUCGGCGUCUCGAGUCUGAAGCUGGGCCGUCUACGGAUCCAGAGGACAAAUCAAAGAGAUCGCUUUCGUUGAAGAACCGAGCAGUGUACGCGCGCAAACGGAGAACCAAGCCGGAAGACUACAAGGGACCGGCGCAACAAUUUCGGCUCGUCCUCGCCUACCUCCGAAAAUGGCAACGGGCUCAUGCCGGGAAUGUGGCUGUCUCUCAGCACGAAUCGAACCUUCAGGUGGGCAACGCCUCCAAGCAGAAGAGCAAGGAUGCGCGUCUCAGGGAUAUGCUCCUAGCCGGCUUCCCAGCCAAAAAUCUACCCUUAUUCCUCCUGCCGACCUCGGUACUAGGAGCGCAAAUUCUGUUAGGAGACAUUGUCACGGACAAUCUGGAUGAUCUGAGUGAUGAUGCGCUGUUCGAUCCAGGAGAGCUCGACGACUAUGUCUGCUCGAUCCCUGAACAGGAGGCGAGGCAGAGGCAAUGGAACGAAGACGGAAUGGAUCGGUAUCUGCCCAAGAACCUCCAUCUUGACAACGCCGGUCAGGUUGCAGAAGAUACACCGAUGAAGGCAGGGCAUGACGAUGAAGAUGCGGCUCGUGACUUUAAUGAAGCAGUCAACGACAUGCUCGCGCAUGCCCACGGGGGCGCCAAUCCCGAUAUUGAGUGGAGCGAUGACGAUGACGAUGAUGAUCAGGAGCAGAAUGAGCUGGAUUACUAUUAACGACAAGCGCUCCA